GGGUAAAAUUUGGUGCAGAGGGCGGGGGCGCGGCGGUGCACUCUUGUGUAGCGGAGACUGGCUAGACCUGGUGGUUCAAGGGUGUCCAGAGGCAGAUCUGAGGGAGAACAGCAAAGCGAUCUUCAAAUUCUGGACAAACGCGUAAACCUCUCCCUCACCUGCACACAGGGAGCCCUCUAUAUCUCCCGUCUUUUUCUGGGGAAUGCUGCGCAGCCUGCUGUCCUUCAGGAUGGAGCAUGUGUGGGAUUGUGUCUCCUCCGCUGGGAUGUUUAUGCUGGGGGUUCUCUCUGUACUGUGGCCGGCGCCAAACCGUGUUUGGAGUUUUAACCUUUACGCAGAGCAUCCCACGGUUUACAGCGGACCCGAAGGGAGUUAUUUUGGAUAUUCUGUGGACUUCUAUCAAGCAAGCACCGAGAGGAACACGAUUAGUGUGUUGGUGGGGGCUCCUAAAGCAAACACUUCUCAGCCGGGCAUCGUGGAGGCUGGAGCCAUCUAUUACUGCCCCUGGCCGGGGCAUCCCGAUAGCUGCAAACAGAUUCCCUUUGAUAAUUCCAAUAACAGAAUGAUUAAAGUGAAUGGUACCAGAGAGCCGCUAGAGUUUAAGUCCCACCAGUGGUUUGGAGCAUCAGUCAGGACGCACAAAGGAAAAGUGGUGGCCUGUGCACCUCUCUACCACUGGCGGACUGUGAAGAGAGAAGGGGAGAAGGACCCCGUCGGGACCUGCUACGUUGCCGUCCAGAACUUUAGCACUUAUGCUGAGUACUCACCCUGCAGAACCAAUGAUCCAGACCCAGAGGGCCAGGGAUUCUGCCAGGCAGGUUUCAGUGUGGAUUUCACAAAGGAGGGAAGGUUGGUUCUAGGAGGACCUGGAAGCUUUUACUGGCAAGGUCAGGUGAUGACGGCGGGGAUAGCAGAGAUUCUGAACGGCUACUCUUUAAAAGCAGUCUUGAGACGAGUUCCAGGAGAGAAACAAACCGGAGCUGCUGAAGACACAAAUGAUGACAGCUACCUUGGUUACUCGGUGGCAGUGGGAGAGUUUACAGGAGACUCAGAACAAGAGCUGAUAGCUGGAGUCCCAAGAGGAGCACAAAACUUUGGAUAUGUGGCAAUGAUCAACUCCACAAAUCUGACCUUCAUCCAGAACUUUACAGGGGAACAGAUGGCGUCCUAUUUUGGUUACUCAGUGGCUGUCACUGACUUGAAUGGAGACGACACGGAUGAUAUCCUGGUUGGAGCCCCCCUCUACAUGGAGAGGGAGAUGGAGAGCAAACCCAGAGAGGUGGGAAGGGUGUAUCUGUACCUGCAGCUGGCUCCCCUCACGUUUUCUGAACCCAUUGUACUCAGAGGUACCUACACUUUUGGACGUUUUGGGACCGCUAUAGCACCACUGGAAGAUGUCAACCAGGAUGGAUAUAAUGACGUGGCAGUGGGCUGUCCAUUCGGGGGUGAGGACCGCGGGGGCAGAGUGUUGAUCUUUAACGGUAACAGAGAUGUAUCUACACAAGGCCUGACGCUGAGCCAGGAGCUGCGAGCUGCCAGGACGCCCAGCGGCAAUUUGCCUGGAUAUGGCUUCACUCUGAGAGGAGGCCAAGACCUGGACAGCAAUGAGUAUCCUGAUCUGAUUGUCGGAGCAUUUGGCGCAGGAGAAGUCUCAGUCUACAGGUCUCGAGCUGUUGUGUCCGUGGAAGCUACAAUGACCCUAACUCCCAGAAUUUUGAAUCCUGAUGAUAGGCGGUGUCUCUUGCCUCAGACCUCUAACAUGGUUACCUGCCUGAAGGUGGAUGUGUGUGCAGCAGUGAGUGGCGUGGGGAUUCCCAACACCGUAGGUCUAAAAGCGGAGCUCCACCUGGAUUGGCUGAAAGGCACAAAGGGCGGGGUUAAGAGAGUCCUGUUCUUGGACACCAAGCAGCCUCUGCACUCAGGGCUCCUCAGACUGGGUCAAACCCGUCCACAUGCAUGUCUGAGCUACAUGAUUUAUCUGAAGGAGGAGGACGAGUUCAGGGACAAACUGACCCCCAUCGCACUGACCCUGAACUACAGCCUCGCUCUGCCUUCACCUGAUCAAACUCUCCCACCUGUUCUCAACGAGUACAGCAGCACCUUCCUUCAGGAACAUGCUUACAUCCUCCUGGACUGCGGCGAUGACAACAUAUGCAUCCCCGACCUCCAGCUCUCCGCCAGCAUGGAUCGCUCAGAGUUGGUGAUUGGAGAUGACAAUCUGGUCAUGCUGACCAUCACCGCAGUAAACCAGGGGGAGGGGGCCUAUGAGACUGAGCUGUACACACUGAUACCACCAGAGGCCGACUACAUUGGAGUGGAGCGCAGGGUGGAGUCUCUCUCUCAGCUAAACUGCGAGUACAAGACAAUCAAUGAGUCCAGAAUGGUGGUUUGCGACCUCGGGAACCCGAUGGCGACAGGAACGGAGCUGUCUGUUGGUUUGAGGUUUUCAGUCCAAAGGUUAGAAGAUUCCGGACCAAAAAUCAGCUUUGAGCUACAGAUCCACAGCUCCAACAAGGACAACUCUGACAGCAACCUGAUCAGUUUGAAUCUGACCAUUGCUGCCAGUGCUCAGCUUGAUUUACGGGGAGUGUCUCAUCCCUCUCAGGUGGUGCUGCCAUUCCCAAAUUGGGAACCCAAAGAGAAACCUGUCAAAGAGGACGAUGUUGGUCCACAAGUAACACACAUCUAUGAGCUCCAUAACUCCGGUCCCAGCAGUAUCGGGCAGGCUGAACUUCAGGUUGGCUGGCCUGCCCGUUUCCGUGAUGAGAAUCUGCUGUAUGCCAUGGAGAUUCAAACUGACGGCCCAAUUAGCUGUCGGACAAACACCAGCCUCAACCCACACAGCCUCCAGAUCUCCUCGCUGCAGGACACACCAGAACUGUUGGGAUUCCUAAGAAACAGCAGCGAUCCUCCUCACCGCCACAAACGAUCUGUCAACACAGCUGAAAGUUACAGCAGUAAGAUCUUGAACUGCAGCAACAUCUCCUGUCUGAGGAUUAUGUGCGUGGUUGGUCGGUUGGAUCGAGGGCAGAGCGCCGUAGUUAAGAUCAGAUCAAGACUGUGGGCACAUACGUUUUUACAGCGACGUAAUGACCCCUACAUUCUCAACUCGACGGUGUCCUUCAUGGUCAUAUCUGUGCCUUAUCGUAUCCAGCCCUCUACCCUGCCUCAACACAGAACCUCUAUGGGAACCUUUGUGUUAUGGGGGACCCCCGAUGUGUCAUUUGCUGUUCCACUCUGGGUCAUCAUCCUAGCCAUAUUGCUAGGCCUGUUGGUACUGGCCAUGCUGACAUUAGCUAUGUGGAAGUGCGGAUUCUUCGACCGAGCACGGCCACCAGCGGAUGACGAUGUCUCAGAGCAGGAGAAGCUAACAUCUGAUCAAACUGGGAAUGCCUGAAGAAAAUGAAUGAUAGCACUUGGUUAUAAGUUUGUGGUUUAGAAGGAAAGCCCACCUUCUGAAUGACCUAAAUCAGAUCUGAGAUCUGCAAUAGUUGGAAGCUCCAUUCCCCAGUUUGGAAGUCUUCUACCUUUUAUGUUUCAAAGAAACUGACUGAAAGUGAAAACUGCAGCACCACAAACUCUGGGACCAGAACAACUGAGGUCACAGCACACGAAGUGGGACCGAACAAUACAUACAUGUCCGGCUAAAUUACCCACACAUGUCCAUUGUUUAUACAUUGCAAUGAAGCACCACAACUGAAGACUGAGUGGAUAUUGUUAAGAGGACAAAACUAUAAAUGUUUCCUGUUUCUUUGCAGCACAAAGAGAACAGAUCUAUGCACAAGUGCUUUUAAUGAGUUUUAGUGUGAGUUUGUGUAUGAAUUCCUGCAAAUCUGCAAGAAGUGUAUGCAUUUAUAACCCACCACAGGAUUAAUUUCUCCCUGUUUCCUUCAAACCAGGGUGAAUAUCAUGCAGUUCACAUUUACAUUCACUAAACACGCUACCACAUGCAUAAGGUUUAAAAAAGGGGCACAAAGUCAAAGUGUAUAUUUAUAAAUCUACGUGCAAUAUUUGGGCGUUGUGUGAUGCUGAAGCUUGUUGUUACACUGGCACUACUUUUUUAGAGCUUCAUGUCUUCAUUGUAUGUGUAUAUACUGUAAGAUUGGUUGGUCGGUGUGUUAGAUAUCUAUUAUUUCUGAAAGCAACACAUUUUUAGACAAAUACCAACAUGAUGAAAAUGUUACCAAAUAAAUAACUUAUUGUCUUGUUGCA